AUGCCUCAACCGGCCAUGGAUGUCGUGGAACCCGAACAUGAACUGCGAAACUGGAACUGGGUUAUGCAAAGAGAUGAACAUCCUUCGAGAAGGAAUCAAAAUCCCUCCCCUCCUUCCAUUGUUCGAAUCGACCUCAAGCCAUUUGAAGCGUUCUGGAGAAAUACACUGGACGUACUGGAUGAGAAUAGAAUAUUUGCCCUAGACAAGAAGGAUAACGCAUCUGAGGAUAUGGAUUCACUGAUACUCCAGAACAUACUAUCAAGUUACCUGAGAAUCAACGGUCCCAAGGUUUUGGAAACUGAUGACAGCCCUUUGAACUGGGUGGCAGUGGUUCGUGAAAUCCAGGCUCUUGAAAAGUGCUGUACGGAUGAUGGACCCCCUGUUUGGCGAGGUGCCGUCGAUGGAUACACUGCGGAGCUGUCAGAGCAACAAAUGCAGGGUGUUGGAAUGUUCAAGAACAUGAAAUUUCCCACUGAAAAGGACUGUCAGAAGGAGCGAGAAAAGCUCAGGGAAGUCCGUGAGAAACUUAUGUCAGAGUGGGAGCCGAUCUGCGAACGUGUAAGGGAAACUCUGGCACAAUUAACGAAACGUGAGGCCGCUCUGAAUCGUGAGAUCCUGCACCAUGGAGGAACCACUCCUACACGAGAGGUGCCCCGACCCGCUGAGCCGGCUGUCCAGCCACCAACAAACCCCGAUACACUUGCUCCUGAGCCCGAUGGAGCGGGAAAUGGCCAAACUGGGGGCGAUCCAGCUCCGGAUGACGCUGCAGGAUCUGUCUCGGACUCCGUGCCAAUGGAGUUGGAUAGCUCGCCGGCUCCUGGUCCAUCCAUAACCACCGGUGGCUCCUCCAGGGGAAACGUCAGGGGAAAACGCAGCCCGGACGGGCCCUAUUGGACCAUCCAUAAUCACCGGUGGCUCCUCCAGGGGAAACGUCAGGGAAAACGCAGCCCGGACGGGCCCUAUUGGACCAUCCAUAACCACCGGUGGCUCCUCCAGAGAAAAGGUCAGGGAAAAUCCUGA